CCCCCCAUAGGCGAUAGCAAAUGCCAUCAGUGUAGAAUACUUAUAAAUAGAUCAUGAAGUACUAGAAUGUUUUAUACCGCAAACACGUAAAAAAAAAACCAUGAGAACAUCAGAUUUUUUUGGUAAGGCUUGCUAUCUAGCUGUAGUCAUUUUGUAUGUCCAGGUAGUUUCCUCACCAAACAAGGCUUUUUCUUCUGCUAGUUCUAAAUCUAGUGAAGCAGAGGCUCUUUUCAAAUGGAAAGCCAGCUUUCAAAACCAAAAUCAGAAUAAUCUGACCUCAUGGACUUACUCCCCCAGUAAUUCCACCAAAUCCAAAGCAAUUGCAAGCCCAUGCGAUGUUUGGACAGGCAUUUCAUGCAACACUGCAGGGAGUGUCAACAGGAUAAACCUCACCAAUUCUGGUAUACAAGGUACGCUGCAUAAGUUUCCAUUCCUCUCUCUACCCAAUCUUGUAUACAUUGACCUCAGCUUGAAUCAACUCUUUGAUGUCAUCCCACCUCAGAUUGUUUCCCUCUCCAAACUCACCUAUUUUGAUCUAUCAUUUAAUAAGUUGUCUGGGGGAAUCCCCCCGGAAAUUGGUCUUCUCGCAAAUCUUCAGGUCUUGCACCUAACUGAUAACCAGUUAAAUGGUUCAAUUCCUCAAGAGAUAGGUCAGCUUAAGUUUCUUUACGAGCUUUAUCUUGGCUAUAAUUACCUAGAAGGUCCAAUUCCUGCUUCUCUAGGUGAUUUGAUCAACCUGACGUAUUUGUAUCUCUAUAAAAAUGAACUUUCUGGUCCGAUCCCUUCGGGGAUAGGAAACCUUUCAAAUUUGGUUGAAAUUGAAAUGGGUUACAACCAAUUAACAGGUCCGAUCACUCCAAAUUUUGGAAGCUUAAAAAGUCUCACUCUGUUGCACUUGCACAAAAAUAAUCUUUCUGGUUCAAUACCAACAUCUUUGGGUAAUUUGAAAAAUCUCCAGUCUCUCUAUAUCCACAUGAAUAAUCUUUCUGGUUCAAUACCAACAUCUUUGGGUGAUAUGACAAAUCUCCAGUAUCUCUAUCUCUAUGGAAAUCAACUUUCUGGUGCCAUUCCAAAAGAAAUAGGUAACUUGAAAGCCAUAGUAGAUCUAGAGUUGAGCACAAAUCAACUUAGUGGCUCCAUUCCUGUAUCAUUGGGUGAGUUGAGAAACUUAGAAGCCUUGUUUCUUCGUGAAAACCAACUUUCUGGAUCUAUUCCCGAGCAGAUCGGGAAUCUCGUGAACUUGACUAUACUGGAAUUGGAUAGUAACCAAUUUUCUGGUUAUUUGCCUCAAAAUAUUUGCCGGGGUGGAUUACUGGAAAACUUUACUAUAUACAAAAACCAUUUCAUAGGUCCACUCCCCAAAAGCUUGAAAACUUGCAAGAGCUUAGUUAGAUUCCUUCUUCAUCGAAACAGACUGACAGGCAAUAUAUCUGAAGAUUUUGAUGCCUAUCCAAAUCUUAAUUAUAUAGACCUAAGCCACAACAACUUCUACGGGGAAAUAUCACCUAUUUGGGGGAGAUUUACGCGCUUAGGAACUCUCCGGUUCGCUGGAAACAACCUGACUGGCAGCAUCCCACCUGAGAUUGGCAAUGCAAACCAAAUUCAUGUACUGGAUCUUUCUUCAAAUGGUUUAGUUGGGAUGAUUCCUAAUGAGAUUGGGAGAUUGACUUCUUUGUUGAAUCUGAAUUUGAAUGACAAUCAACUCUGGGGUCACAUACCUUCAGAAUUUGGAUCAUUAAAGGAUCUUCAAUAUCUUGACCUGUCAACCAACAUACUCAAUGAAUCAAUUCCAAGCACUUUAGGUGGCUUUUCAAAUUUACACUACUUGAAUUUGAGCAACAACCAGUUCAGCAAAAAUAUUCCUAUUCAAUUGGGAAAUUUAGUCCAGUUGUCCCAGCUAGACUUGAGCCACAAUAAUCUUUCUGGUUCCAUACCCAGAAGUUUCGAACAAAUGCAUAGCUUAGUUCAAAUCGACAUGUCCUAUAACCAGUUGCAGGGUCCCGUCCCAAACAACAUAGCAAUUGAAGAUGCUCAUUUUGAAGGCAAUGAAGGAUUGUGUGGCCCUAUUGUAGGACUUCAACCCUGCCCCUCCAUGAAAAAUAAGCAUGCCACAAAAAGGGAUCGAAAACUUGUGUUUAUCAUUGUUUUCCCUGUUUUGGGGACACUUUUGUUUUUCCUUGCCUUCCUUGGAAUUGUCUUGGUUAGAAAAAGAAGUAGCAAACUGCAAGAUACAGAACUGAGCAAUGUGGGGCACAAAGAAGUUUAUUCCAUUUCGGAAUUUGACGGAAGAAAAAUGUUCUAUGAAAUCAUCAAGGCAACAAAUGAUUUUGAUGCUCUAUAUUGCAUUGGAAGGGGAGGAUCCGGAAGUGUCUACAAGGCAAAGCUUCUUUCUGGCAGCAUCGUUGCAGUGAAGAAACUCCAUUCACUACUUGAUGGUGAGGAGACGUCUCAAAAAGAAUUCCUUAAUGAAAUAAGGACGCUAGUAGAGAUACGGCACCGGAACAUUGUGAAACUUCGUGGUUAUUGUUCGCACGCCCAUCGCUCGUUCUUGGUCUAUGAUUACCUAGAAAAAGGUAGUCUGGCAUUAGUAUUGAGCAAAGAAGACCAAGCUAACAAGCUGGACUGGAGCACUAGGGUGAGGAUUGUGAAAGGUGUAGCUCAUGGACUGUCUUAUAUGCACCAUGAUUGCUCCCCACCAAUAGUGCAUCGAGACAUAUCAAGCAAGAACAUUUUGCUCAAUUGCGAAUAUGAACCUUGUAUUUCAGACUUUGGAACUGCUAAGCUUCUAAAUGCAGAUUCAUCGAAUUGGUCUGCUCGUGCAGGCACAUAUGGAUAUAUAGCACCCGAGUUGGCUUACACAAUGAAGGUAACUGAGAAGUGUGAUGUUUAUAGCUUUGGGGUGCUGGCAUUAGAAGUGAUAAUGGGGAAGCAGGUGGGUAAAAUCAUCUCCUCUCUUGCGUCUCAAUCCGCUAACGAGGACAUAUUGCUGAAGGAUGUAUUGGAUCAACGCCUUCCCGCUCCCACAUCUCAUGUUCAAGAUGAAUUGCUAACCAUUGCAAGGCUGGCAAUUGCAUGCAAACAUCCACAUCCACAGUCCAGGCCAACAAUGCACAUGGUUUCUCAGGUCUUAUCAUCCCAACCUGCAAGCUCUUCAGAACAACCAGAGAUUACAGUUGCGGAACUCAUUAGUUAGUUUAAUCUCUUGUAUUUCCUAUUAGUAUGACAUAAAUAAGAUGCUCUUGUGUGGGUACAAACAUGUACUGAUUAGUUUCAAUAGUUUGAGCAUUUCAUUUCAUGUAAACUUGUAUUUUCUCAUAAGAAUAUGGUUCACUAAAUUAAUAAAUUUAGAGCCACUCCCUCCUCA